UUUGCAAUCAAACCUCGAAUACUCAGCAAUGGUUCACGAUUCAGAAAAAUCAAUUCUAUGUCGUAUCACGGAUGGACUGGAUCUUUAUUUCCCGCCAUUUCUUAUAGUGACAGGUGUCGUCUGCAAUGUGCUGGUUGUUCUUGUAAUGAGGAGCGUCUACUUCCGCUCUCUAUCGACGUCAUUCUACAUGAUAGCCAAUGCUCUCGUGGAUACAUUCAGUUUGGCUAGUCUCCUGACCGUCGAUUGGUUGAAUUUAAAUUACCCGUCAACCAUCUACAGAGGAGAACAUUCUCACUACAUGUGUAAAUUCUUCCAUUUUUUCGGCUGGGUGAGCAGUGACUCCGGUGUUCUAUUAACGACAGCAAUGACCCUGGAGAGAGGACUAGCGAUAACAUUCCCUCUGAAAUCGUCCUCUUGGUGCACACUAAAGCGAGCAAAACGGGUGACCAUCUUGGUUUUCAUCUUCGUGUUCCUUAAAGACGUUAACUUCCUGUUCACAUCCGAUACCUAUGCUCUGAAUGAAUCGGAUCGCUUAUGUUACGUUUAUCUCGACUCGGAAAAUCUGAAGAUUUUCUGGAAGUUCGUCUGGCCAUGGAUUCACAACGUAUUUCUUCUUGUAUCGUUUACAGCUAUAAUCAUCAGCAAUAUAAUCAUCAUCAGGCAUAUCAAGAUUUCAGACAGGAUCAGACAAGAACAGCAGAACUGUUCAAUUUACAAAUCCAACGAGUGCCUGCCGGAGACUGUCAAAACAAAACCCGCCUCCCGUAAGAGGCAGGUGGCCACCAUGCUGUUGGUGGACUCCUUCACCGUCAUAGUCUGUACGCUACCGUUCUCGAUCUUCACCACGAUAGAUUCCAACACGGUACUUCUGGACGCGUCCAGCGGUGAAAGAGACUGGAAGAGAUUUAUAUCGUCCAUGUCGUUUUACUUGCUGUACGUCAAUAGGUGUGUUAACUUCUACCUAUACAGCUGGAGUGGGACUCGUUUCCGGGAAGCGUUGCUGUUUGUGGUGUGUGGUUGUAAACGGCGGCGGAAACCCCCGCGAGUGGUGACAAUCAGUUAUACCAAAGGAAAUAGCUGUAGUGUGCACACCUGUCACAAUAUUACACAGUGAAUACAUGAAACUCCUAACAUUAUGUGAUUC